GCACCCGCGGGCACUUACUCUGUUUCCGAACGCAUUUAAAAAGUAACAUAUUCUAGUUGCGAAUUUUAUUAAUCUGUGCUACUCGCGCAUGGCGCGAAAAGUUUGUGAUCCAUUUAAAAACUUUAUGGAACGGAAAAACGAAAGAUGAAGUGACUGCCCAGUUUUUAUUGUUUUUUAGAUUCUUUUGUUUUAGCUUUGUCCGUUGUUUCUUUUUGUUUGAAAGUGCUAAAGUGUACAAAAAGGACAUGAAAAGCCAUUUGUGACUAACAUAUUGGAAAUAGAUUAUUUGUAGACUUUAUUUAAAUUAGUUCUGUGGCUUUUGAGUUACAUCUACAAACAAAAUGUUAAUUAUAUUUUGUAUUGAUUAUUUAUGAUAUUUUGGAACAAUACUUUUAAGAAGGAACGACGUCAUCCCCUCUGGGGUUUGAGCAAUGGGGCGGACGUCGGGCGCAGUAUACCUCUUUACAGUUCAUUUUCUGUCCUGCAUUAUUGUUUGCCGACUGGACAGUGGAAGCAGUCGGCCGAGAGACCAGAGUACCGUGUCAGAAUCGUCAAGACGGUUCCGAGCGGAAUUCCUAGAAGACUGGCCCCAAGCGCCCGGCGCCCCGUAUUUCGACCCCAGUACUCCCGACAACGUGACCGGACUUGUGGGUCAUCCAGUUACCUUACUCUGCAAAGUCAAGAAUCUACAAAACAGAACUGUGUCAUGGGUGAGACAUCGUGACAUCCACUUACUGACCGUCGGUCGAUACACAUACACCUCGGAUCAGCGUUUUGAGGCGCAGCACAAGCCUCGCUCGGAGGAAUGGGCGCUGAGGAUACGCAGUCCACAGCGGCGAGACUCCGGGCAAUAUGAGUGCCAGAUCUCUACCACGCCUCCCAUUGGACACGCAGUGUAUCUCAAUAUCGUAGAACCGGAAACAGAAAUUCUAGGUGGUCCAGAUUUAUUUAUCUACGCUGGAUCUACGAUAAAUUUAACGUGUAUCGUACGACAUACCCCAGAGCCACCAAUAACAAUUAAUUGGACUCACAGAAGUAAGACGAUAAACUUCGACUCCACACGUGGCGGUAUAUCGCUGGUGACUGAGAAGGGUAUACAUAGUAGUAGUAGGCUGCUCGUCCAAGCUGCGCGUACGUCCGACGCGGGGGCAUACCAGUGUGUUCCAGAUAAUGCUCAGUCUGCUACAGCUCGCGUCCAUGUACUUACAGGAGAAACUCCAGCGGCAAUGCAAGGUAGCGCUCAAUGGGCCAGUUCAUUGAGUUUACCUGCGCUUGUACUACUGGCCUACGUUUUACUAGUUCUACAAGUCUGAUUUAGUUAUCCACAUAUACAGUUUUGAAGAAAGCCUUAAAGCUGCAAGAACUGUGGCGGCUUGCAGUUACGACCUUCAGCUUUGAGAGUAAAGUGAGGAAUAAUAUACACUAAUUUAUAGUGUGAAAAUGAAAAAGACAUUGUGAUGGAAUAUAGAUAAGAAAAUACGAGUCUGUGGUAAAACUACAGGAUAAACAUAAUGAACUCUAUUGGAGUGGUGUAUGGGAAAUGGACAAUUAAAUAAUAAACAAUAAAUAUCAGAUAUAAAGUGCCCAAAUGAAACUCGAGUGCAAGUGAUUUGUGAGAAAGAAAACGUGUUAGUACCAACGAGUUGUGUUUUUGAAAUUCUAAAGCCAGUGUUACACUGAUGUGAUACAAACGUGCAAUAGACGCAUAUCUGUGCCAAUACCGCAUAGAAUAUCCUACAAUCAGGGUAAAUAUAAUUAUUAAAAUUCCAAUAUUAAUAUUAGUCACUUCAAAUUCAAUUCGAAAGUUGUCGAUCAAUAAUUAAUGGAUAAAUGUAGCAAUCAUAAAAUACGAUAGUAUAGAACCGUUUGUUUUCAAACUUGACAUUGAUUUC